CUCAACCUUCGUCUUUCUUUCCAUCCCCAAGUUCCAAGCGCAAGUACCGAACCAUACGAAAGAGGGGUUGUUCCUGAAACACCACCACCCGUUCACUCUCAAUCGUCAGCCUGUAUAUACCCCGAAUUUCACCCCUCAACCGUCUCACAACUUUUUCACAUCCUGCUUCAAUCAUCACCACCAUCAUUCCCCCAACCAAAAACAUCUCGCGGAACUUCUCAAAAUGACACGAAAACCCACCACCACCUCAAACUCUACAUUCACCACCACCCCCUCCCGCCUCACCCUCCUCUGGCUUCUCGUCUCCCUCCCCCUCGUAAUCUGGGACACCCUCUACGUCCUGCUUCGUCCACACACCAUGCCGGGAGGCGCUCUGCACUACCCCCUCUGGGCACCCUACGAGCUGUACGGACGCGUGGAUUACGUGUACGGGUGGAAGGCGUGGAACGAGCGGAACGGGUUCACGGCCGCGCAGGGGAUGAUGAAUGCGCUGGAGACGGCGAUGUACUUGGUUUAUGCCUGGGGGGUGUUGGGGGGUGGAAAUGGAAAGGGGGAGGGGAGACGGGGGGCGACGGUGUUGUUGGUGGGAUUUUCGGCGGCGGUGAUGACGUUGAGUAAGACGGUGCUUUAUUGGCUUAAUGAGUAUUACUCUGGGUUUGACAACAUUGGUCAUAACUCGAUAUUCGAUCUAAUCUUGUUGUGGAUUAUUCCCAACGGCGCCUGGCUCGUCUUCCCAUCUGUCAUGAUCUAUACUUUGGGUUCGGAGAUCAUUGAUGGCUUGGCUGGUCCCUCGACUACGGCAGAUCGUCCUAUCAAGGUCGAGUGACCUUUCUGCGGCCACGACCUGUGAUCAUUCAUGUGGGCGGUGACAGCAACCUUCCGGUCCCGCCAGUGGGUUCGUGAUAGUCACCUUAACUUCGCCGAUGGCGAUGAGCCGUGGGGGUACAGUGAUAGUCAAAGAAACACAGUCUCACCUUACCCCACUAGCUAUAUGGAAGAGGGUGACAGUAUUUCAUUUGAUUAUGAGUUUAUUAUCCAAGGGAAAGUCUGAAGACUCAAGAUGGCUCCCAAAUUGGUGGAACUCGUAUGGGACAAUUGAUUGAUUACUCACUAAGUUGACGAGAGUGUUUCUGACUGAGCGCUCGAUUGAGUCGCAGGACCUGGCCGUUGAAGUCGGGGAGGUCUACGGCAGUUAGCAACCUGUCUAUCAAGAGGGCCAAUCCAAUCAAUAGUUGAGGUUACCGAGGCUCAAGUUGAGCAGUGAUGGACUGCACUCUGACGAGUGAUGAUGAGCCACAUGAUGUGCUUCUCUCUAGCAUUUUUCUCCCUUCGUUUUUCCUAAUAAUGCUUCUUAAGUUGGGCAAAGCUCGUUGAUACGUUACAUAUGUAACAAUCAAUUAGCGAGUGAGGAAGUGAAUCUAAUACGAUUUUCAGCUGCCUCGGCGAGGGCGCCGC